ACCAGGAUACACACAUAUUCUCCCAAACACAUUCAACCAUGGGAUCCGUUUUGCCCUCAUUUCAAUGGCUUUCUUUGUUCUUUCUAAUUAUCUCAGUUAAUGUUUGUGCUUUCAAAAUUCCAAGGUUAGGAACUUGGCAGAGAUCAACCAAGGAACGCGACCCCGAAAUCAGUUCUUCCUUGCACUUGUCUGAUGAUGACCUCAAAACAUUUUAUUAUACCCAAAGACUCGAUCACUUCAACUACAGACCUGACAGCUACCACACUUUCCAACAAAGAUAUAUGGUCAAUUUCAAGUACUGGGGUGGAGCUAAAUCAAGUGCACCCAUUUUUGCCUUCUUUGGUGCAGAAGGACCAGUGGAUGAGGAUGCAAAAUAUAUCGGGUUUCUCAGAGAUAACGCUCCUCAGUUCAAUGCUCUUAUUGUUUUUAUCGAGCAUAGAUACUAUGGGAAAUCAAUACCAUUUGGGUCAAGCGAAGAAGCAAUGAGAAAUGCAAGUACUCGUGGCUACUUCAACUCAGCCCAAGCAAUAGCAGACUAUGCUGCUGUGCUUCUACACAUCAAGAAAACUUUGUCUGCUCAGAAUUCCCCCAUAAUCGUUAUUGGAGGCUCUUAUGGUGGAAUGCUUGCAUCAUGGUUUCGCCUAAAGUAUCCCCACAUUGCUCUUGGUGCUCUUGCUUCAUCAGCACCAAUUCUUUAUUUCAACGGCAUUGCCCCACAAGCCGGAUACUACUAUAUUGUCACCAAGGAUUUCAAAGAAACUAGUGAGAGCUGUUACCAAACUAUACGUAAAUCAUGGUCUGAAAUUGACAGAGUUGCUAAGAAGCCAAAUGGUCUUUCAAUCCUCAGCAAGAGAUUUAAAACUUGCGACAAAUUGAACAAAAGUUUUGAUCUCAAGGACUACUUGGACUCGUUAUAUACGGACGCAGCUCAAUACAAUUACCCUUCUGAGCACCCAGUUAAGAUCGUAUGUGGAGCAAUUGACGCAGCUGCUAAGAAAACCGAUAUUCUUGGCCAAAUAUUUGAAGGUGUUGUUGCUUAUAAGCAACAUCGUUCAUGUUAUGACAUGAAUGAAUAUAACCAUCCAACUGAAUCUUUCCUGGGUUGGAGAUGGCAGACAUGCAGCGAGAUAAUUAUGCCAAUAGGUCAUGAAAAGAACGACUCAAUGUUUCCACCAGCACCUUUCAAUAUGAAGACAUUUGUUCAAGAGUGUAGGAGCUUAUAUGGUGUCCUUCCCCAGCCUCAUUGGGUGACCACAUAUUAUGGGGGUCCUGAUUUGAAACUGAUCCUCCAUAGGUUUGCCAGCAACAUCAUAUUCUCCAAUGGAUUGCGAGAUCCGUACAGUUCUGGCGGGGUGUUGGAGAGUAUUUCGAACACUGUCGUUGCCGUUACUACUGUAAAUGGGUGUCACUGCCUGGACAUACAGUCAAGAAAGGCAAAUGAUCCUCAAUGGUUGGUGACGCAGAGAAAUACCGAGGUCAAGAUAAUCAAAGGCUGGAUUGCCGAGUACAAAGCUGAUCUAAUAGCACUUACUAAACAAAUCAAAGCACCAGCAGAACCCAAAAGCUAAUUGGUCACCUACAUAAUGAAGCGACCGAUUAUAUGUUCCAUUAAAAAGUAAUGACAAAGAUUGUGCUACUAAAUUAAAGUUCAACCCAACAAUGUAUGUCUUCUAAUAUUUAAGUGUGGAUUAGUGAUGGAGUGCAUGUUCAAAUGUAUAAUGUAUAAAUAAAUAAAUUAUAAAUACAUAAUGGAAAAAGUAUUAAUAAUAACGAUAACUGGACUUGGUUUUCUUACGCGGAAUCCACCAGCAAAUGGCACCUGAAAAAGCAUUCGGCUACGCACUCGUCGUUAGCGUUUGAGGGGAACAUAACGCAAUCAUGCUUCCUCGCAGCAAGCACGCACUAAUCAAGUACGAGGGUAUGCCACCUCUUCUCAAGACCACUUUUAUCUGUUCCUUUGUGUGUGUCUCUGUCUGUGAGGGACCGUAUUAUUACUCAAUAAUAGUGGAGUUUCAUGA